AUGAGUCCGUCUCUCUCCCCAGGACACAGAGCUGCAGAUCCGGCUGCACCAGGAUCAGGCCGCGGACGCAAACUGAUCAUGGACCCGGUGCUCUUCAGCGCUCCCCCUGAGGACUGGGGUCUGGGGGUCCCAGUCCAGGUCCCGAAGCCUCUGCAGACAUGGGCUGUAGAAACCGCUCUAGUCGACAGUGAGACUGAGGAGCUGCUUCAUGCGGUCGAUCCAAAUGACGUCUUUCCUUCACACGGAGUCGCAGAGUCCUCAGAGAGCGACAGUGGCAUUUCAGAGGAGACGUUACUCCAUAGAGCAGACCAGGGCCCACACCAGGGUCCGGACCAGGACCGGGACUCAGGAGCACCUCAGACCCCAGUGUUCCAGCUGGUGUACGAUGUCGGUGACUCAGCUCUCAACCAACACAACAUCAUCUCCAUCGAACUGGAUCCUUGGUCUCAGCUGCUGCUCUCAGAACAGCUCCUCUCCGGCUCCUGUGUGGUGAACGAGCUGCUGUCUGGAUCCUCUGAGCCUCUGGAGCAGGGCCUUGAGCUGCAGCUCACGGAGGAGGAGCAGAAACUUCUGAACCAGGAGGGAGUGAGACUUCCCAACGACGCUCCUCUGACCAAGGCAGAGGAGAAGAUCCUAAGGAAAGUUCGCAGAAAAAUCCGGAACAAACAAUCUGCUCAGGACAGCCGCCGCCGCAAGAAGGAGUACGUGGACGAGCUGGAGAACAGGGCGGCACAGUGUUCAGCUCAGAACCAGGAGCUGCAGAGGAAAGUGGAGCAGCUGGAGAAGAACAACAUGUCCCUUAUGUCACAGCUCUGUCAGCUUCAGAAUCUGAUCAAGAAAACUGUUUCUAAAGGAGCUCAGACCAGCACCUGUUUACUGAUUAUCGUUGUUUCGUUGGGUUUGAUUCUGUUGCCGAGUUUCAGUCCGUUUGUGCGGCGCUCUGCAGCUGGAGACGACUACAGGCCGAGCGGAGUCAUCUCCAGAAACAUUCUCACAGACCCCGCCUCCUCUCAGCCUGCAGUCAAUGAGGACGCAGUGCCAGACCCCGAGCUCUCCGACCUUGUCCAAUCACAAAGCCAGAACUCACCGGCCGCAGUCGAUCAAUCAGAGCCAAGCACUGAGCCCACAGAGUCACAGACGAACCAAUCAGAUCAAAGUGCUGAUCCUGAUGCCAGGCAGAUCGCUGGACUUUCGGCCAAUGAGACGAUCACAAAAGAAAAACGCGAUUCUGCCAAACCUGUGCACGCUGACGAGAUGGACGAACCAUCUCCAGCGACCAGAUCCGUCUCUUGUGGCGGCAUGACAGAGGAGCGAUGUCCGCAGCUGGUGGAUUACUUCGUGGUAGCGGGGCUAGACCCUUGCGGCCCGUGGCGCCCCCUGGAGGAGGAGAGCAGGGGUGUGGGUCGAGGGGCGGAGCCUGUCACAGACCUGGUGGUGAUUGCCCGCGGCUUGGGAGAGGGAGUGCCCGAGGGCUUCACCUGCAUCGAGCGAACACUAGGGGGCCACAGCGCAGAGCUCAGCGCAGGACUCAUCAACAACCCACACCUGCUGCUCUGCUACAGGCGCGGGCACGACAAGCCGCCCGUGCUGGACCUGGGGGUGCUGUACGAGGGGAAGCAGCACUUGAAGCCCGGCUGGUUUGUGAUUGAGACCACUCCGUACAGCCGCUCUGCAUCCCUCAGCUCGGGGGGGCCCUCUUCUCACCGCGUCUUCAUCACCUACAGACGGGCCCCCGACUCCUCCCACGCUCUGGGGGUCACCGACAUCGCACUUCUGCUGCCUUCGAAAGGAGAGAUAGCCCCUCACACCUUCUGCAGGGUGGAGCAGAACCUCAACACGGGCAUGUUUGGCCCCGCCCUUUUCCUGUGCUACAAACGUGCAAUGGCUAAAGCUAACGCCCUUGUGUUCGAAGCCAACCUGAUCAGUCGGUACCCUCCCCAAGACCUGGAGGCCUUCGGUCUGCCAGACUCGGUCCCUGUCUUCUGUUUGCCCAUGGGCGUCACGGUGGAGAGCUGGCCUCAAAACACCAAGUACCAGCUACCAGUUUUCUCCACGUUUGUGCUGACGUCUGCCUUCGGGGACAAGGUGUAUGGAUCGGCCAUAGAGUUCUACGAGUCCUUCCCUCUGGAGCUCCUGUCUGAGCAGCAGUGUGUGCGUCUGGGCAUGCUCAGUGUGGUGGAUCGGCGGCCUGUGUCUGGACGGACGCUCCAUGUAAAGAAGUCCAUCUGUGUCCUGUCCCACUGGCCCUUCUUCUCUGUCUUCCAAAAGUUCCUUACCUUUGUGUACCGCUACUCCAUCUCAGGACCACAUGUGCUGCCCCUGGAGAAACACAUCUCGAGCUUCAUGCAUAAUGUACCCUUCCCUUCACCGCAGAGACCACGCAUCUUGGUGCAGCUGUCGCCGUACGAUAACCUGGUCCUGUGUCAACCCGUGUCCUCUCCUCUCCCUCUGAGUGGAGCCAGUUUCCUGAAGCUCCUCCAGAACCUUGGUCCAGAACACUGCUGCUGCCUCCUAUUGGCCGCUCUGACCGAACACAAGCUGCUCCUGCACUCUCUGCGGCCCGAUGUGCUCACGUCCGUCAGCGAAGCCCUGGUCGCGAUGCUGUUUCCUCUGCGCUGGCUCUGUCCCUACAUCCCUCUAUGUCCUCUGCAGCUGUCAGACGUGCUGUUGGCUCCGAUGCCGUUCAUUGUGGGCGUUCACUCCAGUUAUUUCGACCUCCACGACCCCCCGUCCGAGGUUGUCUGCGUGGACCUGGACACCAACACCAUCUUCCAGUGUGAGGAUAAGAAGCCGUUGUCAUGGAAGUCUCUCCCGCGGAAACCAGGGAAGAUGCUGUUCAGUACCCUGAGCGCACUGCACCGGACACUAGAGAAGAUUUGCUCCCCCGGCCAGGAGGAGGCCACACUGGAGUUCCUGCUCACAGACUAUGAUCAGAUUUACCGGCGGCAAAAGCAGCUGGAGCUGGAGAUCCAGGAGGCGUUUCUGCGCUUCAUGAGCCUCCUGCUGAAAGGCUACAGAGGGUUCCUCCUUCCGAUCACCCAGGCCCCGAGUGACACCACCACAGACUGCAGUAACCUGUUCAACCUGCAGGGGUUCCUGAAGUCCAGAGACCGGACUCAGCAGAAGUUCUACUCUCAGCUCACUCGCACACAGAUGUUCACUCAGUUCAUUGAGGAGUGCUCCUUUGUCAGCGACCGUCACGCCUGCCUCGAGUUCUUCGACGAGUGUGUGCAGAAGGUGGAUGGUGAGCGGCCGGAGGAGGUGCGUCUCGUCGACCUAGAGGAGUCGGUCUGUGGGGAGCACACAGUCUUCAUCAUGCCCCCAGAGCAGCCCCAGGAUGAAGGGGGAGAAGAGUGCCCUGCCCUCUACAGUUAUGACACGUUCCCCUUCCUGAAGAUGGAGCUGUUCGACCAACCGCAGGACCAGACCAAAGUCCAGACCAAGGGAAGUCCGGCCCCCAGCAGCCCUGCCCCCCGCAGAACAAAACAGGAGAUAAAGCUGGCCCAGAAGCGUGCGCAGAAGUACUCCUCGGUCCCGGACAUGUGGUCCAAGUGCCUCCUGGGACACUGCUACGGUCUGUGGUUCAUCUACCUGCCCACGUUCGUGAAGGCGGAGAACAUGAAGGUCCGAGCUCUGCACACGGCCUACGAGGUUCUGAAGCACAUGGAGACUCGGAGAGUGGUGCUACCAGACGAGGUUUGUUACCGGAUCUUGAUGCAGCUGUGUGGUCAGUACGGUCAGCCUGUUCUCGCCGUCAGAGUUCUACUGGAGAUGAAGAGAGCAGGGAUCACCCCCAACACCAUCACUUACGGCUACUACAACAAGGCGGUACUGGAGAGUAAGUGGCCUUCGACCAAUCAGGGAGGCCGGCUCCUCUGGGCUAAGCUACGGAACGUCCUAUUGGCUGUGGCCCAGUUUCGACAGCCAAUCAGACGGCGGCAGAAGAGCGACUCGUUGGGGUCACGAGGAGAGUCAAUGUUUGAUGCAGACUGCAGGCCCCGCCCACACUCGUCUCUGAUUCGUCAGUCCAGCUGGAGCGGUUUGAGUGACAGCUCCAGUCACGAGUCAUUGCCAGGAACCAUGACAAAGAGCUGCAGCCUGAGCAACGUGAAGCCGACUGACAAGCUGAAGCUGCAGAGGAAAGCUUUGGUCCAGAGCGGAGACCCCCGUAAACCUCCCUUAGGUCCCACGGCGCCCCCCGGUGCAGUGGUGCCGCGCAGUCAGGUCUGUCUGUCCACCUUCUACAAAGAGUGUGCAGAGAGCGAAGACAGCAGGACCCACACGCGAGGGGGCAGUGUGAGCCGGACCAAAGCUGUGGACGAGAACCAGAACACUGUGUCCCCGGGUCGUGGGGGUUUGGCGGGGAAAUUGCAGCAGCUCCUGACCCCAACUCGGUCCCGUCUGAGCGUGAGGCGCGCGGCGAGCGUGGACGACCGCCGAAAAGGGGAAGGGCCACGCAGCAGGGGGGAGGGGCUAAAGAGAGACCGCCCCAGCCGCAAGAGCCAAGUCACAGAGACGCUGCUGAAGGCCAAGGAGCGGCUCGUCAACGCUAACUCUGAGAGCUCUCUGUCAGUGGGCAGUGACCUGGACCUCUCUGAUGUCCCCACUCCGGCUUUCCCACUGCGGCGCUCCUGGGACUACAACCAGGAGACUCCGGGAAUGGAGAUCCUGAUGUCGUCUUGCUCCUUGUGCCGCUCCUGUGACUCCCUGGUUUACGAUGAAGAGGUUAUGGCUGGAUGGACCUCCGACGACUCCAACCUGAAUUCUUCGUGUCCGUUCUGCAGGGGCCCCUUUGUCCCCUUCAUCAACGCCCAGAUCUGUGACCCGGGACCCGUGUGCAGUGCUGAGCGCAGUCAGUGGAACGUGGAGGAGGAGGUGCAGAGCGCAGUGCGGCCUCCCAGCACUCAGGAGACAGCGCCCCCCUCAGGAUCCCAUUGUAACGGCGUCUGUGAAGACUCUGGCUCAGAGACCAGCAGCUGCUCCGAGACCAGAGCGAACCAUGUGAGCGGAGCUUCACCUAUUGUGGGUGGAGCUUCUUCUACUGUGGGCGGAACAGCAACUGGCCCUCAGGUCACCGUGGCCUACCUGAGUCCCCUGGUUCUGCGUAAGGAGCUGGAGUCUCUGCUGGAGAACGAGGGCGAAGCGGUGCUCUCCCGGGCCUCUCUUUUAGAACAUCACUCCAUCCUAUUCUGGAACCUUCUGUGGAUCUUCACCCGACUCCAGCUGCCCUCACACCUGCUGCAGCUGGUGAUCAGCUCGGGCCUGAGCGCCCACUGCACGCAGGUGGAGAACCCGACGGUAAGGGUUCGGCUCCUCUGGGACACGUUGGCCCCUGACACAGACCAGUGGCCCCCUCUCUACGUGCUCUGGAGGAUCCACAGCGGUGUGGCCAUGAGGCAGUUCCCCUGGAGACGCCACAAUCACCCCUUCAGCCUCAGCUUCCUGGAGGAGGCUCUGAGAUACGUGGGCAUGAACGAGGUCCACAAGGCUGUCACACUUUAUCUGGCAACCCUGAAGAAGGAGGAGACGGUUCCAGUGCAGAGGAGCGUGUACAGAGAGUUCCUGUUCCUCACGAUGGCGGCGAUGGGCAAAGACCACGUGGCCGCCUUCGAUAAGAAAUACAAGUCGGCCUUCUCGCGCCUCACUGGGACUCUGAGCCUCGAGGAGAUCCAGAAGAACCGCGUCCAGGCCCCGACCACUAAGGCCCUGGACUGUAGGAGGUCUGGCCCAGGUCUAGACCAGGCCUGGACCGGAUCUCAUGGAGCAGGCUUCUCCAUAUGCAGACUGAUCAUGUGGGCGUCUGCUGCGCUGCUGCUGCUCUGGCUCACAGCGGUGCAGCCCUGGUGCUCCUCUGGGCCCUCAUUCCCCUCCUCGGUGCUGCCCCCGGUGGCCCUCGGACGUCCUGCUCUGCUGCGCGUGCCCUCGGCCUCCUCCGUGAUGCGCUGUGUGGACGCAGCCUGUGCUCUGCCCUGGGCGGACGUGGCUUGGCUGUUCGAGGGCAGCUGCUACGUUCUGUCCUGCCACCAGAGGGAGCUGUGCGAGCCGCAGAGACGCCCAGGGGCCCAGUCACAGCUCGUGUUCCUGCAGAGAGAAAGGGGCUCUCAGCAGGGGAGGGGCCCUGCUCUGCUGCCUCCACAGUUCUGGGAUCAGUUUCAGUCCUCUGAGCCUGGAGACCUGGAGGACCUCAGAGAUCUGGUUCUACUCGGAUCACAGCAGGACUACACGGACCCAGACCUGUUGAUGGACUAUCCCCACAGCAACCUGGAAACAGACCCUGCCAACCAAUCACAGCUCAAGAACGGGCUCAACCAAUCACAGCUCAACCAAUCACAGACUGCGAACGAGACCAUACCCACAGACCAGCCACAGCGCCCUCUGCAGGUGGCGGUGACCUCACAGAUCCCUCCCCCUGCCUCGUCAGCCCCGCCCACUCACUCCAACCAGGAAAAGACAUCACCUGUUCCUGUUGUGUCUGCGCUGACAUCACUUCCUGUCAGUAACGCCGCCUCCUCAGAGUCUUUGAGCGUUACACCUGAUGCCCCGCCUCUUCAGAGCCUCCACACAGGUGAUACUCCUGAUGCCCCGCCUCCUCAGAGCCUCCACACAGGUGAUACUCCUGAUGCCCCGCCUCCUCAGAGCCUCCACACAGGUGAUACUCCUGAUGCCCCGCCUCUUCAGAGCCUCCACACAGGUGAUACUCCUGAUGCCCCGCCUCCUCAGAGCCUCCACACAGACUCUGUGAAAGCCCCGCCCUCAGCUCCACCUACAGCUGUUUGCCCCUCCCCCACAGCCCACCCAGAUCCAGGCUCAGACCCACCCAAAGACCCAAACCACAAACCAGGCCCAGGCCCCUCCCCCGUGGCUCACGCUGGGGGAAGCUACACCCUGCUCCUCCCCGACACUUCGCUGCAGCUCCGAGGCUCCGUCACCAACGUGGACCCAGCGACUGUGAGGUGGGAGUGGAGCCGGGACCUGCAGAGCCCAGCCGCUGGGGAUGUGCUGUUUGGGUCUCAGUCCAGUCCCACCCUGGUCCUGGUGAAUCUGGUUCAGGGUUCAUACCUGUUCCACCUGCGAGUCACCGAUGCUUUGGGCAGAAGGGCCAGUGCGACUGCCACCGUGGAGGUCCUACCAGAAGAUGGAGGAGGAGAGGAGGUGGAGAUGGAGCUUCAGGUGGGCGUGUCCCAGGUCAGCGUGUCUCAGAAGGACACCAUUCUCAGUCAGAUCUCAGCUCUGCUCCAGGUCCCAAAGACCGACGUCCAACUGAGGGGACUCUCUGGCCACGCCCAGCUCAGUACAGUGCUGCGCCUCUCAGUCCGGUCCGGGUCUGGUGCGGUCUCUGGCCUCUCUGUGGUCUCUCGGCUGAAGACUCGUCUCCUUGACGACGGGACAGACUUCCUGCUCUUCAGAGUUCUGCGUGUGGACACUGUGGUCUGUCAGCUACACUGCUCGGGGCGGGGCCAGUGUGACCCGGUCUCCAGGUCCUGUGUCUGCGACCCGUUCUGGACCGAAAACCUGCUGAAGACCUACAUGGGGGACGGAGAGAGCAACUGUGAGUGGAGAGUGGUGUACGUGAUCCUCAGCGGCUUCAUCCUGGUUCUCCUCAUCCUCACUGCGGCCUGGACCUUCAUGUGCUGCUGCCGGAAGAGGAGACCCAGUCGAGUGCGAAGAAAAACUCGAUACACGAUUCUGGAUAACGUGGACGAACAGGAACGAGUGGAGCUACGGCCGCGCUUCAGUCUGAAACACCGUAGCACUGAACACAAUUCCAGCCUCAUGAUGUCAGAGUCUGAGCUGAGUGAAGACUUCUGCAGAGAACCACUCCGGAGCCGGACAAGGACUAAACCAGGGCUGAACCAGGACUGA